CUUAGAGCACAACUUGAAGGCAGCUGAACUGAGAAUCGAACUGCUUCGCGACGAGUGGCGCCAGGCUGAUCGGCGGGCGGAUGAGAAGGAAAGGCGCGCAAAUAGCAGCAGCCGAAGCACGAGUGAACACUGAAAAGCAGGCUCGUUUGGCGGCUGAGGUGCAGGCGAAAGAAGCGCGGGCACGCGCGGACAGGGAGGUUGCCGCGGCCAGGGCUGCAGCGGCGGCUGCGGAGGCCCGGGCUGCGGUGGCUGAACAGCGGUCGCAGCAGGGGCAACGUGCAGGCGCAACGGAGGGCGUGGCGGCUGUUCUCGACGCCCGGCAACCUGCGCAAGCGCCGCUGCUACCGGCCGGGCCACCGCAGCAGGCUCCGCAGCAGGCGCAACAACCAGACAGGGCCUUCCUGCUUCCUCCGCCACAGCCUGCAGCUCUCGCACAUGCCUAUACCGCACCCGCGGCUCCGGCUCCCGCUGCGGCUCCGGCUGCGGCUGCGGCUGUGGCUGCUGCUCCGGCUGCGGCUGCGGCUCUACUCGUUGUGGGCCUGCCGCCAGAGCCUGCGCUACUGCCGCCAGUGGCCCACAGCGGGCCACAGCCCCGGCUGCAUUCCAAAAGCACAAGCGGCUUGCGCGGAUUGGGCAGAGGCAGUGCUCUGGGGUCGCAACCCGCAGCGCGCGGCCAGGGGGAGCCGCCCAGCAAACGGCAGCGGACUUUCAAGCAGCCCCGCCCGCGCCGCAUCGUGCCGGCGCUUGACGAACAGAUGCAGGACGCAUGGGGUGGAGGCGACGGCGGUGGUGAGGCGGCGGCGGCCGGCACCUCGCACGCGGGCGGCGGCGGCCCGCUGCCGGUGAAGGGCGCCGUUGUCGUGAAGCAGGAGCGGCGGGAGCAGGGAUGGGACGAGGACAAGGCGGGUACGCCGCCGCCGCCGCAGCAGCAGCAGGGGGACAUGGCGACGGCAGCUGGCACGGCAGCAGCAACAGCAGCAGCCGCUGAAGGCGCAGAGGCGGCCGCUAUGGUUGCGGUGCCGAGCCAGGCGGGGGCACGGGAGGAGGCAGCGGCUAGUCCGCGUGGCCCGCUGGCUGCUAGCCCACAACUGCAGCUGGCGGUUCCGGGCCCGCCGCUGCACGGUGCGGCGGCGAACACUCUGGCGCCUGCGCCCGCGGCGGACCAACAGGCAAUAGCGGCAGAUACGCACGGCACUGCUGCCGGUGAAGUGGCGGGCGCUGGCGGCAGCGGCAGCAGCGGCGACGGACAGGAGCUGUCGGUUCAGCACGGCGGCAGCGCCCUGGUGCUGCCCGCAGCUGCCGCACCACCGGCGGCGGCGCAGUCCCCGAUGCCGCUGCUGCUUCUGUCGCCAGCUCCGGCGGAGCUGCAGAUUCACUGCCCGCGGGUGAAGACGGUGUCGGUGCUUCAGCAACGGCUCCAGGAAUGGGCGGCGAAGCGGUGGGGGCCGGGGGUGCAGCCGCUGCGCACCUUCGUCGUCGACCUCGGCGGCGCGGAGCUUGCACAGGGCCCGCGGGAUCUGGAGCAACGCACGCUCAGCAUCCCGGGCGGCGUGUCCGUGGUCAUUUGCAACGGCGGGCUCCCCGUGCCGGUCGAGGUGGAGAGCUGCGCGGGCGCCGAGGCGGAGAGCUGCGCGGGCGCCGAGGCGGAUAGCUGCCGGCACGUCGCUCUGAAGCGCCUGGAUAUGAAGGCAGUGCUGUGGCAGAACAUCGAGGGGUCAUGGCAACAGGUGGCGCGCGGGGUGGUGACGGCGACGGGCGCCAAGACGCGGGUGGUCGUUGACGAGUGCCGGCUCGUGGUGGCGAGAGCCGAGGCCGCGGCUGCGGCCACUCCGACGAACCGACCCGUCAGGAGCUGCAGAACCGCGUCUGGGCCGCCGCUGGUGAGGGGCGGCACCAAGUACUUCCAGAGCGGCGUCGUGGCGGCGGAGGGCGCGCGUGUGCUGGUCAGAGAUUGCAGCAUCACGGGCCCGUACUCGCUGGAGCUGCAGCGGGAGUGGGCGGGCAGCCGCAACCCGCUCGACUGCACCGGCGUCUUCGCAGACGGUGCCGGCAGUCAGGCGGUUGCGCUGCGCACGCGCGCUGAGGACUGCACGAAGGGCUUCGCGGCAUGCCGCGGGGGCAUGGCGGACGCCUACGGCUGCGUAGCUCAGAGCUGCGGUAACGGCUUCGACGUAAAAACAGGCAGCCGCAUGCGGUGCGGUCACGUGGCAUCUGCCGCAGCCGCAGCAGCCACCGCUGCGGUCCUGGGCACCGGCGCCGGCAAUGCUGGCGGCGCCGGCAGCAGCAACGGCGGCGCUGGUGGAACGGGCGGUGGCUGCCGUGCGUCGGACGUGCUGUUUUAUGGCUUUGCCGCGUACGAGAGCGCUGAAAUGGAGCUGCUGGACGGCUGCAGCUCGGAGCGCUGCGAGGGGGCAGGCUGCCUGGCGCGGUGUGGCGUCCUGCAAGCGACUGGCUUCACCUCCGUCGUAGACGGUUACGGCUUCUGGGUGACCAAGCCCGGUGCUUCGAUGCAGCUGCAGGCCGGCUGCGUCGCCCGGGGGUCCACAGCGCAGGGCUUCGUAGCGCAGGAUGGGGCGCGCAUGCAGAUCGGGCCACCGGCUGAGGCGGCAGCUGCCGAGGACAUGAGCACGGCCUUGGUUGUGACGGGAGCCGGCGGCGCUGGCGCGGGAGUGGAGCGGCCAUGGGAUGCUCGGGCCGAGGGUUGCAGGCAGGAGGGCUUCCUGGCGGUCGAGGGCGAACUGGUGCUGCGGCCGGGCGCCCGUGUGGCCGCUGUCGACUGCGCUGCGGACGGCUUCGUGGCAGCCGACGGCGGGAAGCUGGACGCGGCGGCGGCGUCCGAGUGCCUGGCGCAGGGCUGCCAGAAGAGCGGGUUCGGUGUUGAGGGCGCGAAGUCGACGCUGGCGCUGGGCAGCAGCGUGUGCAGGGCAGUGGGCAACAAGGAGGGCGGUGUGGCCGUCAAGGAGGGCGGCGUGGUGCAGGGACAGCUGGCAGAGGCAUGAGGGCGCGCGGCUGCAAAGCACGAACCUAGUUUAGCAGAUUCAAGCAUUUGCCUGGACGGCUUUUGUGUCGAGGACAAGGGUUCGCUCCUGCGGCCGGGCUGCCGUGUGUACGGGGCGAGCUGGCGGAGGGCAAGAAGGAUGUUAUGGCCAGCAAGAAGGGUGGCGUGAUUGAGUGGCACUAGCUAUGGACUGAGAAUGCUGGCAGCGGCUUGAGAGUUUGCAAAGCACGAAAGUUAUUCAGCAGAUUCAAGCAAUCGAGACAGUUUGGAUGUUGGCACUCGCCGUCUGACGUUGGCGCCCGCUACGGUAUUCAUGUAUGCGCGGGGAAUGAUGUCCGGGCCAGCCAAGCGGGUCCCACUCGCGCACGGCCCUACGGGCCGGUCGUGUCCCCAGCCCAAUACCUUUCCUACAGCAUCUUAUACCACACAUAAGGUCAUUAGAGUAACCCGGGGGCAUUGAAUCGAGCCGGGGCCGACCUCGAACUUACAUCUAAAUGCCAGGACACGCCAUACCAGGCCAGACAGUAGCCUAACUACACCUAUGCAUAUAUCUGUGUUGACGGCAAUCGAUAAGGCCCGAAAACAACGCCUAUGUAGGAUGUUGGCUUCGGUCAAUUUCGCGACUUGAGCCUCGACGAGCACGUUGUAGCCUGCUAUCAAGCGCUAUUGCUCCAACAGAUUGCAUGUAACAUAUACAUUAA